CCCAUGGCUGAUCCUGUAUAAAUGUCCCAGUCUAGAAGGUGACAUUAGACCCAAAGUCCUCUCACUGUAACUCAGCUGAACUCAGUCUCCUAUCACCAUGACUUACAGCUGCUGCUCUGGAAACUUCUCUACCCGCUCCCUGCGGGGUUCCCUGUGCUACCCAGGCUCCUCCUGUGGCUCUUCCUUCCCCAGCCACCUGGUCUACAGCACUGGCCUCUGCUCUCCCAGCACCUGCCAGCUGGGCUCCUCUGUCUACAGGGGCUGUCAGAAGAUCUGCUGUAAGCCCAGAAGCUACGAGCGCUCCUGUGUGAUGUCCAGCCCCUGCCAGACGCCCUCCUACCACCCAAGGACCUCCACACUCUGCAGUCCCUGCCAGACAACUUAUACUAUGUCCCUGGGCUUUGGCUCCAGAAGCUGCCACUCUCUGGGCUAUGCAUCUAGAAGCUGCUACUCAUUGGGUUGUAGAUCCAGUGGCUUCAGACCCCUGGGUUAUGGCUUCCCUUCCCUGGGCUAUGGAUCCAGAUUCUGCCACCCAACUUACUCAAUCUCUAGGAGCUGCCAGUCUUCUUACUACAGACCAAUCUGUGGAUUUGGCUUCUAUCAGUCACCUUGUUAAGUGUUCCCUUUUAAUUAUUGA